CGAAUGCUCAAAGUUUGUUUUUCUGCCUGACAGUUUUAUAUAUAAAAAAACUUUAGCUAUUCACCUAAAGUCACUUAGGUUUCAUCGCAUUGAUUACCUACUGAAUAUUUACUAAUCGGUGACCUUCUUUAGUCAGAGGGGGAGAAAUGUGACUUCCGCAUCCGUCGGGUUCGAGCGUUUCGCGGAGAAGGUCACCACCGCCAUCCAGACACGAUCAUGUCGCUGCUGUGCGCAGUCGAGGACGCUGUCAGGUCAUGCAAAGUGGAACAAGCUAAGGUUAAUCACCGCAUUCAACUCUACAGAGAAUUAUUAAAGAGCCUAACACCCCAACCCGAGGUGAGCUUUCAGGAAACAGAAUUGGCAGGUGCUGCUCCUACAGGUGUCUCCCCAUGUGAUAAGGAAGACAUAGAACUGCUUGAGAAGGCUCUAGAGAAAGCCCUCCGUGUGCGCACCAGCUCAGAACCUUCUAAAAAAGAAUCAAAAAUACCCAAACCUGGAAAGGAAACAGGGACUUUAGGUGCUAGGCCUGUGGAUAUCACAUCUGCAGCAUCUAGGGGAAGCCAAAGAACGAUAAGGUCAUCCACUAAAUCUGCCAGCCUUGACAGAAAAGGGUACGGACGGCCUGGAUUAUCAGUAUGCUCCUCACUAUCCUCGGGACCUUUAACUAGCGCCGACCCUGGACAGACCAAAAGAACAGAUAAUAGAAACACGAUCCAAAACCAUCCUGCCUCAUCAGCUGGCGCUUUGCAUCACCAGGCUUCUAGGAAACUGCAGCAGGCUGUCGUGCCGUCUGUCUCUCCUGAUCACAUCGCAAGCUUGCUCUCUAAAAACAAGACUAUCAGAAGCAAUAUGUCGAGUGGUGAUGACCUGAGGAAAGCUGCGCCUGUCGCUGCAAAUUCUUCAAAUAACGUAGUGUCCUCUUCACAAACAAAUGAGCCAGGAGCAUGCAGUUUGCCUCAGCAGAAUGGCAGGAUAUCUUCUGAGCAAACAACAAAAUGGAAAUCUUUAAAGAGCAAGCAGAGCAGACUGUGGGAUAAAGCCGUUGCCCUACAGACGAACCCUGGGCCUGGGAGGAGUCACUUCAUGGAGAGAAUGAGAGCUACGUUUCCCAGGAAUUGGCCAUUUGGCAGCCCGUAUGAGACCAGGGCUCUGCUGGACAGGUUGAUUCAACAAGCUCAAGACUUGAAACAGCUCUGCGGGGAGCCUCUAACCAAACAGAUGCCAGAGAUAACAUUAAGACUGGUUAGUACAGGCGACAAGUAUGAUUCCUGUAUGUCGCUGGAAAGGUUGCAGCUCACAGCAGCUGAGCUCAAGAAUUUUGCAGAUCAAGUGAAACAAGAGUGGAAAGCAUGGGAUCGAUGGAGGCCAGAGGGAGGUUGUUUUUGCCCCACUGGGGCAAAUGGUGUGCAGGGAGAUGGGAUAACUUCACCCCUGCCCCUGACUAUAACAUAUGCAACAGAGGCAGAGCUGCAAGAGCUUGAGCAGCUGCGGAUGAGGGUGGCAUUGCUGCAACAAGAGGUUGAUCUUGAACAGGCUCUGUUGGACACCCUGUCCCCUCAGUUUUCGGCUGUCGUACCUGGGCCUGAAUGUCUGAGCCCCAGUGUACUCAGAGACAUGUACUCCCUGCUGGGUGAAGGAGGGGAACGUUUCCCAGCUAUAGUCCUGGACUCUGAGCCUGCAUGACUAAUGAGCACAUUAAACAGACUUAUAGGUUUGUAAGCUUAGAAACAGGUAUGAAUACAUUAAAGGCCUCGUGGUAUGCUGCAAUCUGGUGCAACACUGAUGAAAUCAAACCCCUCUGACAUGGUCAAAACAAGGACAUGGUUUAAAAAAACAAAGGGGGGAACUGAAUUGAGUGAACAGCCUCAGAGGGCAGCUGUGGUUCAGGAGGUUCGGCUGGAGGGGUUCGAUGCUCUGUGUUACACCUCGUGACCCUAAAGAUAUCAUGGAAAUAUUAAUGGAUGGAUAAACAGGUGUACCUAAUAAAAUGGUUACUGAAACAUCACGAAUGAUUAUUUUGAAGAAUCUGUUUUUAAUAGUGGCAUCGCUGUGUUAUGUCAGUGUCUCAUGUCAUGUCACAACUGUAUAAAACUGUGCUCAUUAAUCCUGUCUCUUAAACGCAGCUUCUGAAUAAAUGCCCCCGGCACAAUUUUUAAGUAUCACCAUUGAUCAGUGUAAUGUAAUAA